AUGACAAGCAGAAGCAGAAGCAGCAGCGCGCGCGGGCGCGGGCGCAGCGGGCGCGGCGUAGAUGACCAGGUCGGGGCCGACGAUGCCGCGCCACAGCGUGGCCAUCCACUGCCAGUGGUCGACGGGCGCGUAGGCGUCGGCGAUGGGCACCGCGCAGGCGAAGCGGUCCGACAGGGUGAGAGAGAAGCCGGCGGGGAGGAGGGCGAUGGGCAGGGUUGGUUUGGGAGGGGGCGGCGCGUGGUGGGAGUCGUGGUGGGAGUCGGGGUUGGGAUUGAGGCUGGUUCGGGCUUGGUGCUGGCGUCGGAGGAGAAGGAUCGACGAGCCGCUGGGGAAGGCUGGCUGGUGGUGACGGGGUUGGUGACAAAGUCGACUAUCUCGGCCGACUUGGCGUGCCAGUCGGUGAUGGUGCGCAAGUACGCCGCCAAGGGGUUGACGGCGCCGCCGUGGCCGGGCCCGCCGCUCGCGCCGCUGGCAAUGCUCGCCUGGCUGCCCUGCCGCGAGGGCCCGCCCGCCUCCGUCAUGCUCUCAUCCUCCCCCCACACCCGCAAUCGCGCCCGCGCCAUCCGCACGCUCUCCCUGCUCGCGGCGCUGCUCUCCGCCCUCUGCGCCGGCUCCGUGACUAUCUUCUCGCUCUACGCGCCCCUGCUGCAGGCCCGCCUGCGCUACUCCCAGCUCGCCGUCAACGGCCUCGCCGCCGCCGCCUCCGCCGCCAUGUACCUGCCCGUGCCGCUGCUCGGCUACCUGUGCGACCGCGCCGGGCCCCGCCCGCUGGCGCUGCUGGCUGCCGCCUCGUUCGGCGCGGGGUACGCGGGGGCCGCUGUCGCGUAUCGGGGCGCGUGUGCGCGGGUUGGGAACGGGGAUGGAAUUGGGGUGGGAGAUGGUGAUGGCGGGAGGGGAGAGGAGGAUGCGAGCACCUCUGGAGGAGGAGGAGGAGGAGGAGGAUUGGGCCCGGCGGCCCAGGGGUGGUAUGUGCUGAUGGUGCUGGCGUUCCUGGCCAUCGGCGUCGGCACGUGCUCCAUGUACAUGAGCGCCGUGGCGACGUGCGCGAAGAAUUUCGGGAGGGGGAAGCACAGGGGCCUGGCCGUGGCCGGUCCCAUUGCUGCGUUCGGGCUGAGCGGCAUGUGGUUGAGCCAGGUGGGCAGCCGGCUGUUUGCGGUGCCGGGCGGCGAGGAGGGGGAGGUCGAUGUGUUCCGCUUCUUCGUUUUCUUGGCGGUGCUGCUGGUCGUGGUCGGCGUGAUUGGCGCGUUUGGGCUCACUAUCGUGAACGAGAAGGACUUGAUCGAGGAGGCGGUCGAGGAGCUGGAGCGGAGCGGCAUCUUGGACGGCAGCGCGAUGUUCACUCCCGGCAGGUCCGAAAACGGGUACGGCACGGUGGAGCGGAGCGACCCCUUCGACGAGAUGGAGGACGCGGGCAUCAAGGACCCCGAGGAGGAAGAGGCCCGGCUGAAGAAGCAGUGGGUGCUGAACGCCGAAACCCGGCGCUUCCUCGCCGACCACACCAUGUGGUGCUUCGCGCUCGGCUUCGUCCUGAUGAUCGGCCCCGGCGAGGCCUUCAUCAACAACGUGGGCACCGUCAUCAAGACCCUGUACCCGCCCACGCUCCACCUCGCCGACAAGCCCACCCUGGCCGCCACGCACGUCUCCAUCAUCGGCAUAACCAGCACCGCCGUCCGCCUGCUCACCGGCACGCUGACCGACCUGCUCGCGCCGAGCCCCAAAGCCCGCCACGUCCAAAUCACCACCACCCGCAGCAACAACAAUAACAACAACAGCAACAACGACAGCAAGCUGGCCCUCCGACCCAUCUCCCGCGUGGCCUUCCUCCUUUUCUUCGCCCUGCUGCUCUCGCUAGGCCUGGCGCUGCUGGCGUCGGGUUUCGCGCAGGCGCACGGCGGGCGGCUGUGGGUGGUCUCGGCGCUCGUCGGCGCCGGCUACGGCGCCGUCUUCAGCCUGGCGCCCAUCAUCAUCACCGUCAUCUGGGGCGUCGAGAACUUCGCGACCAACUGGGGCAUCGUGGCCAUGUUCCCCGCCCUGGGCGCCGCGCUGUGGGGCGCCGUCUACUCGGCCGUGUACCAGGCCGCGGCUGGGAACGGGAAUGGGAAUGGGGAUGGGAAUGGGAACGGAGGGGGUGGUGGUGGUGGUCAAGGAGAAGGAGAACAGGGUAAUCUGUGCUAUGGCCAGGCGUGCUACGCGCCGGCCUUCUGGGGGAUGGCGGCCAGUGUGUGGAUCGCUUGCGGGCUGGUCCUGUGGGCUUGGAAGGGCCGGAACGGGUGGGCGCAGAGGGGGAUCGUGGUGUAAUUAGAUUGGGGGGCCGGCUGGGGCGAGGGCAUUCUAGAAGCUGUAUUCGUGUUGGGGUUGCAUGGAUGAGCGUCU